GAGAUCGCUUAUGGACUUACACUUUGCUUUCACUUUUCUCCUGACUCAUUUUACUUUACAAGAGAAUUUUAAGUUUUUCUUGAGUCACAUUUGAAUGCAAAAAUGGGCUGUUCUCCAUCCAAAGGGAAGUUAUUUUCAAAGCCAGAAGGCCAUGGACCUCAAAAACCUCUGCUGGACGAACCAUCAAAGGACAGUGUUGAUCCUACACCUUUAGAGGAGGUGAACAAAUGUUUAGGGACCAAUGAGGAAGAUAAUGAACUUCUGCCACCAAUUGAAGAACAUUUUACAAAAGAUAAUGUGGAGUCUCAGUUUGCCUCUGAUACAGCUGCCCAAAAUAUUGAGGAUAUUAAGGAAGAAGGGGUGCUUGUGACCACCGAAGAAAUAGUCAGCGAGGUAGUGCAAACAGACAAAGUUAAAAAGACUGAAAAGACAAAGAAAAAUAAAGGCAGGAGAAGGUCUACUGAAAAGCAAAGGAAGUCCUUCAUUCUCCAGAAAAAGGUGGAUUUCCCCCCACACAUGGUGAGGGCUCACCAGGCAGCCUAUGCUUUUCUGAACCCAAAUAUCUCCAAAUAUGAGACCCUGUUGGGCCUGCUGGACCAGGCUGCUGAGACACAUUUGACCCUCCAGCCCAUGAUGUCUGCUUUGGUGUUGCGCUUUGAGGAGAUCAACCAGGCACUAGAGGAGAUGGCUGAGGAGGGGGAAUUGAUGUUGAACGAACAUGGGGUCUAUAUGGCCUUGCCUUCUGGGAUGAUGGGCCCAGCUGUUAUUCCAGUUAAACCUGGCACUGACACUGAUCCACCUCCAGAUCUUUUACAACAACUCCUCCAGAAUUCGAUUGAAAAAAUGAGGUGUGUGGGGGGUUCCGUCCAGGCACUGGGUGAUACCACACUUGAGGAGGCAGUGGAAUAUUUUUCUUCCCUCUCUCAAAUGCUGGUUGACAAGCUCCAUGCAAAACAGGAAGCACAGCAGAGGGUGGCUCAUGUGUUGGCACAGGUAGAGGUAUCUACCAUGAGGAAGUCUAACCCUGAGGACAUUUCACUACACAGUGAGGACAGCGGUUUUGGGGGAGAGAAUGAAAGUCUGACAGGGUCUGAUAGGCACCGCCGCCACCGCGGGAGUGGUGGAUCUGGAAGCUGUGGGUCUGGAGUCAACAUUAGCAGUGCAUUUGAUAGUCCUCAAAAUAAAUUACCCAGCCUCAUAGGCCAAAAUGAAGAUGAUGAAGAAGACGAGGAGGAUGACAAUGAUGAUGAAGAGUAUGAAGAUGAAGAAGUCGUUAGGCCUGUAAGGAAGAGGUUGAACUCUUCCCCUCCAGACCCCAGUCAACCACGUCUCUACAUGCAUUCAAAUUAUAUGCAGGAUCGGCAGCCUGCAAUUAAAAGACCCCUGACAGCUACCACUUCAAUCAAGCCUAAAGAAUCUUCAUCCAACAAAUGUGUAAACAUAAUAAUGGAGCUUCAAAAGAGUCAGAGAGACUUGGAUCAGCGGAUGAAAAAGAUGGCUGAAAACCAAGGAAACAAAGCUUUAGUAGGGCCUAAUAAUCUGUACAGAGCUGGACUAAGACGAUAUUCAUUAAGAGCAUCAGCAGGUGCACAAAAAUCACCUUGUUGCUUACCAAUGUUAGCACCCCAACGACCAAAGCACCACUCUGUCAGAAGGCUAAUAAAUACUUUUAGCCAAGGGAUUGAUGGUAGACCAGGGCAGAGCCUUGCUAAUGUUCCACUUUACAUCAGGAGGCCCAGGAAAAGUGAGAUACUUCUGUUAUCUGAAACAGUAAAUGUUAAUGACGGGUGUACAUUUAUCAAUGGCAAAAAUAACAACAACAGCUGGCCUGACAGCAGGGAUGACAUGGAUGUAGACAACCUCCCACCUCCACCCCCAGAGGUACUGCUGGACAACUCCUUCCAGAGGACAGAAAACAUACAAGGUAAUGCAGAAGGGUUGCAGGAAAAUUUGGUUCAAAGACUCCCAAUGAUAAACCAAAAGACUGGAGUCUCGCAGCGCCUGAAGUCAUCUUUGGAGAAUGUGGAAAUGCUGCCAAACAGAAUCAGUUUGAAGCCAAAAUCCAUCAGUAUCUUGCCAGUAUCUCAAAAUGCAGAGAAGCAACUAGAAACUGAUCUUGAUCCAGGAAUGGAGAAGACUAACUGCCUCUACCAACAGGCAACAGGCAAGAUCAUUCACUUGCACAAUGCUGACAAGAGAAAUGUUGGAGAACUGCGCGGCCAAGGGCCUUCACCCCUUCAAACCAGAAUGGGCCAGAGAUGUGAAAGCAAAGAUUUUUAUGAUGGUGAGAUGACACCUUGCAGCCUGCCUGUGACAGCACCACCUGUCUCCAGAGUCCGCCUACCACCAUCUUGUCCAUCUGUCUGUCACAGAUUUCCAAGCCCUCCUGUGGUUAGACCUCAAAUCACCUCUAAGCCCUCAUCUCGCCCAAGUUCUCCAAGAACUGUGACACGUGCCACAGACAACAACAUUGAAGAGAUGAUUCCGUCUGUGACCUUUCACGAUGCUCGUUCAGUCUUCUGUCAAAAUGAGUCCCAAAACACGCAGACCUGCUUGUCAUUGGGAAGUUCUGUGCUUCCUAGAUCAUGGGAAGAGGUCUCCCGAGGCAGGCUACCCAUGAGAGUGAUGAACAAUUCUACCCGUCGCACCCAAUCAGAUCAGAGACCUAGUUUGACUUCCGAUUCAGAGUUUUCCAAAGAUGGCAGUUCAGCCUCUACUCAGGCCGAUAGGAGUAAGCCUCCACCUACAAAAUAUAGGCUGAUGACAGGUGACGACACCCAGUUGGAUUUAAGUCCAGCUGCCCAGCCCAGCUGUGGUUAGUCAGGUUUUCUGAAGAGAAAUAUAAUGUGGGUAGAGAGUGGAUUAGAAUUUUUCUCAAAUUCAGACACAAUCCCCUUGCUUCCCUCAUCCCCAAGAUGUUUGUCCCAAAGUUUUAGAUACUUUUAUGAUAUGGUAUUAAUUGAAGCAGUUAAGAGCCUGAAUGUUUUCAUCUGAUACAUUUCUGAAAACUUUUGCAAGAUGUUUGUAUCCAUUUUUAGAAGCAUACUUAAUCUAUACUGAAAUGUAUUUGUUUGAAGUUUAAUAUAUACAUACAAAUUCUGCUGUAGCAUCAAUUAGCAACCCCAAAUGUUGCCUUAGCUCACUGUUGAACUUCAGGGUUUGGGAUUUGGGGGUGUUAUUGGUUGCUAUACUGAAAAGAAACAAACAACAAAACAACAUAAUCAUCAGAUGAACUCCUUUGUAUCUGUAUUAACCAAGUUUUCUGCCUUGAUUGUAUUUCAAUUAAAGUGAAAUAAACUGUCCAAUGCAGUCACAUUGAAAAUGUUUGUUUUUUUAAGCUGACUAUUCUGUUUUCACAUCUACAUUAAGUUACAUUAAUUUAGCGUUUGUCCAAAGUGACUUACAAUAAGUGCAUUCAACCAUGAAGAUAUUACCCAAAAAGUGCAAGAAUCAAUCAUCUAGAUAUAACAGUGGCUGAGAACACUCUUGGUGAUUAAGUUACAACAAAAUGUAAGUCUAUGGCUAUCAGAAAAUAGAUUAUCCCUGCUGAUUCCAUUCUAUUUGGUUGGCAAAUACAAUAGCAACAUGCAACAUCUACCAGCUGAGACCAAGACUGGCACUUAUCAGGUGAAAAUGUGGAUUUUAAAUCAAUAAUCAAGUUAAAUCAAAGAAAACCUUUCUAGAGAGCUGUUGUUCAAAUUAGUAAUUGUAAAAAUGCAGGCCCAGAAGGUCUGUUUUCAGGCAUCACAUCAGCGGCCUAAACCUACUUGUGGG